AAGAAGCAUAGACAGUUUGGAAUGAACAGCUACAAUGUCUGGAGUGUUAGCGAGGACGUUGUUUUAUCCCACACUGGUUUAUAAUGUGGUGAUGGAGAAGAUCUCGUCCAGAAGAUGGUUCGAUCGGGUGGAUCAGACGGUCAUACUGGGCGCCCUUCCAUUCAAAUCAAUGACGGAUGAGCUGGUUCAAGCAGAAAAUGUUCGAGGUGUGAUAACCAUGAAUGAAGAAUACGAGACUAACUAUUUCUGUAACUCAUCAGAAGAGUGGCAAUCACAUGGUGUAGAGCAGGUCAGACUCAGUACAGUGGAUCUGACUGGAAUUCCCAGUUUGGAACACAUCCAUCAAGGAGUCGAGUUUGCUCUGAAACACCGGGAUCAAGGAACCAGUGUCUAUAUCCACUGUAAAGCAGGGCGCUCUCGCAGUGCCACCGUGGCGGCUGCGUACCUCAUCAGGAUCCACUGCUGGACUCCAGACGAGGCCUGUAACAUGCUGUCGACCGUCCGGCCCCACGUUCUGAUCCGCUCUGCUCAGCGUGACAUGCUACACACAUAUUACCAACAAGUGUGUGGAUCUGACACGGGCUCUGUGUAAUAAAAACAGCACAGAAUAGAAAGAAGUCAGUGUGCAUGUUCAAACUGGUUUAUGCAAGCUGGUCAGUGAACAUCGGAUGCUGGUUAACUUAUUUCAGCUGUUAAAAUGUGAUAAAAUGCUGAUCAUUAUGCUAUGUCUUUUUACUAGGGUAAUCCAGAUACUGUAUUUUCUUACAAAGCAUCAAGAUUUUAAAUAUUUUCAUUAAAUAUAGUGUUAAUACAGGAGCAAAGAUGAACAACAAUACGUACAUAAAUAUAUUUAAGCUCUGUUAUUACUCCAAUUAUCCAAUUGCAUUACGCUUCCUUUCUACUGAUGCUGAUCCCCACUCCUGUUCGAGGAGAGCGAGACUGACACACAUGUUGACUGCAUUUUUUUCACCCGCACGAUGCGAGAGAGCCACACCCUGAUCAACACAUUACUCCUCGACUCUGUGCAUCAGUUAUGAGGUCCCUCCGUGUAUGAACAACAGCCAAUCGUUUGUGUAGACGCCCACUUUUGAUUCAUUGUUUGAAAUGUCAGCUGUGGUGUCCUAGCGUGUUUUACCAC